AUGUCUGACAAGCCUAAUCGUCGCUUUGCCCAAAUUAUCAAGCUCAAACCCCAACACAUUGAAAAAUACAAGCAACUCCAUGCAAACGUAUGGCCUGAGGUGCUCGCUCAGAACGAGCAGUCUAAUAUCCGAGACUCAGAUACUAUCUUCUAUGACGACCAGAGCCAUUAUCUCUUUGCCACGUUUAGAUAUGUCGGCACCGACUUUGCCAGCGACAUGAAAAAGAUGGCCCAAAACCCAUCUGUGAAGGAGUGGUGGAAAAUAACUGAUGCUCUCCAGGAGAGCCUUGUUCCUGGGGCUGUGAGCUCAGAGUCGGUCGAGCCAUCCUGGUGGAAACCAAUCGAGGAAGUAUUUUAUCAACCUUAA